AUGAGGGCAGGAGUGGCCGUCGUGGCCUUCGCUGGGAGGUCCCCGCGGAGCGCAGGGGCUGCCAACUGGCCCACCACGGUGGUGGCCGGCUCCUCGGGGGAGCGCUGGUUCGUCGGCCGGCCCCUACGCUGGGGCGAGCUGCGGGACGCAGGCGACGUCAAGGCGACCAUCUUCAACACUGCGGCGCAUGGUAGCGUGGAGCUGGUGGCAGGCUUCAACUGGGCCGACUUCGAGGCAUUCAGGGUCAAGAAGGAGGGGGACCUGGCGGAGGCUUCCCCUGCACUGCAACGGGAGGCGGAGUCGGGCGCCGUUCUCACGCAGCGCCAGGGCACGAUGUGCUUGAUAGCCCUGCACAAGACCAGCGACCUCCAAGACCUCGUCGCCCGCCUGGAGUCCUUGGAGGUACCUGGCGUGCGUCUGGCGCUCUGCCUUGCGGGCGGCCUCACCUGCGCGGCGCGCUGCCAGGCGUUGAGCCAGCUGGUCGACUUGCUGGCCAAAGUCGUCGGCAGGGCGCUGGCGCGCUGCUGCGCGCCCCCUCACCGAGGGAGGCGGCAAACGUUCAAGCCGACCGUCUCCUGCUACGAGGUGCCAGAUCUGUGCGAACUCCCGACUGAUGACAAGAGGCACCUGUGGUGGUCGCCAGAAGACUUCGAGUCCUUCCUCAGCGAGCAGGUGGAGAUUGCCAAGGCCUACUCGGAAGCGGUCGAGCGUGGCGAGGAGGCGCUGUUCGGGUCCAACCCCGUGCUCGCCAACAACUCCCGGCGGGGCCUCGGCCUCGGCCGCGGCACCUCGCGGGCGACCAACUCGCAGGCGCACUUCACCGCGGUCAUCGAGGAGCAGGACCGGCAGCGACGCCUGGGAGUCGUGGACUGCGAGGCCCUGGCCCGCGCGGCGGCGGAGGCCAGCCGGGCCGAGGUGCAGCACUCCCUGGAGAGCGCGGCGAGAGACGCGGAGGACACCCGGGCGUACAUGGCAGAGGCCACGUGCGUGCUGGAGGACCUGGACGAGGAGGCGGAGGAGGACUACCCGGCGGCACUCGUCGAGAACCUCCCAGCGCCGGGGGCUCUGCCGACGGCGUCGGGCGAGCGGCGGCCGGAGGCCUCCGAGGGCCUCUCCGACGUGGAGGACGACUACUGCGACUCCUUCGGGGAGGCUUUCCCCGCCCUCCUGUGCCCGCACAAGAUGGACUCGAUGGUCGGCGACGGCUUGCUGAGACCUGUCGCGCCGCAGCAGACGGUGACGGUCGCCACGGCGCCGCCGCGCCCCCUGCGUCGCAGGGCGCCGGCCACGGUCACGGUCCUGUCGGUCACGGAGAAGGCCGAUUCCUUCUUCACGUUCCCUGCCGACGAGGACAGCAAUAAGCCCAGGGCCUAUGAGCCGAAGUCCACUGGCGGGUCCCCCUGCGGCCGCACCUGGAGCAGGGAGACCGCCCGCGGCUUCGGUCUGCCACCCGGGCGGCUGCUGGAGGCCGGCUUCCUGGCCUCUGGCCGGCAGAGGAGCGCGGGCCCGUGGACGCCGCAGCCACGGCGGCUCUCGCCGCCGCCCGUGAGGCGGGUCUUGACCACGUGACGCGGAGGCGGGCGCCAGGGGGGCACCGCCAAGGCAGAGUUGCGCGCCGCCGCCGGGCCCCGGGCCCGCGGGCGCUCCGACCUCCACGCCCUGGCAGACGCGUGACGCGGAGGCGGGCGUCAGGGGGACACGGUUAAUUACGCGCCGCCGCCGGGCCCCGGGCCCGCGGGCGCUCCGACUUUCGCCGCGGGGCCACUCGCCGCCGCAGCGCCGCACAGACCCCCCCUCGCCGUCCUCGCCGUCUCGUGGGCUUCUUGCCUCGUCCACCCCUCCAGUCUCC